AUGAGCAACUACACCGCAACCGCGGCGACGACGAGAAUUUCAUCGAGUGCGGUGGUGGAAGACACGCACAUCGAGGAGCAACUGAAUAGCGUUCGGUUGGACGGGGAGAAGUCGCCGCUGACGAGUCCGAAAAGAGGCGGGCGUCCGAGUAAGCAAAAAGUGAGCGCGUUUAAAGAGGGGCCUGGGGAGAAAACGACGACGACGACGAGUUCUUCUUCGACACAAGCGCGGGGUAUUCCGACACCGAAUACUGUGACGACGCCUUCUUCGUCUUCGCAAAGUGACGAUGGUGCGUAUACUGCGCAUUAUGAACAGCAAUAUCAACAAUACUACGCGCCGGCGACGAACGCGACGAAUGCUGCGAAUAGUUACGAGUAUACGCAACACGGAGGGAUCGGGGAAAACGGGGGUAACGAGAAUUUUAUGUACGCGAGGCAAAUGUACGAGUACGAGAUGGCGUUGAGGCAACAAAUGUCGUACGCGACUGGUUCACCGGAACAGAUGAUGCCGCUUUUAGUAGGAUCGCCGCCGGGUGGACCGCCGCCGCCGUUGAUGGGUGGAUUUGAUCCGAACGAAUUCGCGAGGAUGCAACAGGCGCAACAGAUGAACGCGGCGUAUUACGCGAUAGUCCCGACGCAGGAGAUGCUUGAAAUGUACGCGGCGCAAGGAAUGCCGUUUCCUGGGAACAUGAUGGGUAUGAAUGGUGGUGCAAAUGGUUCAAACAAUGGAAACGGUUUUCAGAUGAGCAACAACAACAAUAAUAGUCAUCAUCACCGGUAUGGAUCACGGCAACAGAGAGGCUAUAACAAAAGCCACCAAAACAACUACAACAACAAUAAUAAUAAUGGAUAUUACUCGUCGUCGUCGCUCAACGGGUCCGACAGAGGAGGCAUGGAUUCACGAGGCAGUUCGAGAAACGGGCGGCAGAGGAAAAACAACAACUUUGGUCACAUGAACAAUCGAAGAAGCGAAAACGAUCUUGGUAACUUCUCAGUGUAUAACAGCAGUAACAACAGCGGUGACGCGGAUGUUUAUGGAAUGAAUGCGAAUAAUAGCGGCCCACCGCCGUCGGAAGCACUCUUGAGGUACAAAAUGUUACGCAUCCCCAAUUCUGGAGGAAACGCCAGUCGCGGAGGAGGCAACAUCUCCAACUCGAACAGCGCGAGUGAAAAUUUGAACGACGAUGGCGGCGAAUUCACAUUUCAAGAAGUAAUUGGUAAUUGCGUGGAGUUUUCGAGCGAUCAGCACGGUUCGCGGUUCAUUCAGUCGCACAUCGAUAUCGCGGCUGACCCGGACGGAAGUAAGUUCAACCAAGUCCUGGAAGAAAUCUCUCCGAAUUUCAAGACAUUAGCCGUAGAUGUGUUCGGGAACUACGUCAUUCAAAAGUGCUUCGAGCGCGCUAACGAAGACCAGCUGGAAUCGUUGCUCGAAAAAGCCUCGGGUGAAGCGUGUUUGGAGUUGUGCUUGAACGCUUUCGGGUGUCGAGUCAUCCAAAAAGCCUUGGAUGUGAGUUCCCGAGAGCAGCGAGAUACGUUAUUCUUUGAACCGCUCAAACGUGAGCUCGAAAACUUGUGUUGUGAUCAGAAUGGGAACCACGUGGCUCAAAAGUUCGUCGUAGAACUCUCCGCCACGGGCGAUUUGGAGAACUUUGUAAAAAUUAUUGUAAAAGACGCGGAGACGGUCCGCAAACUCUCCUCGCACCCGUUCGCGUGCCGAGUCGUCCAACGCAUGCUCGAACACUGCACGGAAGAGCAAAAGAACGAGUCUUUUCUACCGGCUAUCGUCGAGAAAACAACCGAACUCGCCAUCAAUCAGUUUGGAAACUACGUCGUUCAGCACUCGUUGCAAUACGGUUCCGAGAAGUUCAGAAAGCAAAUUUUGAGAGAGUUGGCGACGGAAAUAACGUCUUUAGCCACGCACAAGUUUGCAUCGAACGUGAUUGAAAAAUGCAUGGCGUAUUGCGGAAAGGAAGAAAAGAAAAUCAUGAUCGAUAAAAUGCUCGGAAAAAGAACCGCAUCCUCCGACUCUGUGCUCGAACCAGAAGAUCCAGGAGAAGGCGGGAUCGAAGAGAAAGAUUUCGAGGGCGUAGACCACCUCCCGAAACUCAUGUCCGACCAAUACGCGAACUACGUCGUCCAAAAACUCCUCGAAAUCUGCGACGACGACCAGUUUGAAGAGUUCUUAACGCGCGUUCGCCAACACGUGCCGGAAAUGAAAAAGUAUGCCUACGGUAAACACAUCGUCGCGCACGUCGAGAGGAUCGUCGAAAAGCGAGGCGUACCGACUGCGGAGACCACCGCGGCCGCAGAUGAAACACGAGAAGAAGAAGCCUCCUGA